CAGCUGUCAAUAUUUUUCUUCUCUCGCGACGGACGGACGGAUUGUUUUUUCUUCGAUUCAUUCGCGAGUGAAAAAAUGGUGACGAAAGUUCAUAAAUUACUUUGUUUUUAGAGUUUCGUGACCCCGAAAAAGUGGCAAUCUAGUGUACGGGGACCGAGGGUGGUCAACGCGUAAUUUCGAACUCCGAUUGGGACGAUACAAGUGUGAGAGGAAUCCGUGAAUCUUCCUGCACCAAGAUAUCACCCAUUUUGACUACUAAUGUAAUAUUAUGGUAUCACGAUUCGAACGCCUAAUGGGGUGCUCCUCUAUCCCGAUAGGAGAGACCCUGCCUGAGAGCAACCCACAGUGCUCAGGCCGGGGUGAUUGUCUCAACGGAACCUGUCUCUGUGAAAUCCGCUAUAGCGGAGAUGAAUGCUCGGGCUUCAAUCUGCCCUAUCACGCGGGCAUAUCUUCCGUUUUCUACUUUGUCGCUUUCAUCUCACUGGUACAGCUGAUGAUCUGUAUCAUUGCCGAAUAUCAGAGGCUGAAACAACCGAGUUUUCUGCGAGCGUGUCGAUUGACAACGCAAAAGUUGCUCUAUUUCUUUGUGUUUAUUGCAUCCGUACUGCGGGGGGCGUACUUCACUACGCCGGAAACACUGCAACCAGCAUGGGUCUCUUAUCUCAUGUCUGCAUAUUACCCGCUCGUUAUGACCUGUGCAUCGCUGGUCGUAUGCCUAUGGGCCGAGAUUUUCCACCUACGUGACAUCCGCUGGGAGCGGUCCCAGUUUCUGUCCAAAAGCUUCCUCGGCUUCCUAGCGUUUAACCUGCUACCAUACAGUCUAUUCCUGGCGGAAAUUGCCUACUCGCAUCUGUUCUCCGGCCGAAGUACCAACUUCUUCAACGGAUGCUACGCGGCUCUCCUGCUCAUUGUGGUCAUCUUCUUCCUGAUCUACGGUGUGGAGGUGUUUUUCAAGGUCCGCGGAGGCUUCGUCUACGAUUUCGGAACGGUUCCGAACAGCGAAAAUGUCAACGCUUCCCAGUUGCACCAAUCACGCUUCGGGCUGCUGAGCCAGGCGAUAAUGCUCAUCGUCAUUAUCGGUUUCCUCACAUCGGAAACACUCGGAGACUUCUGGAAGAAAAAGAUUCCAGUAUAUUCACGCAACUGGCACGAUAUUUUGUUUCGGCUAGCCGAGGUUGGCGUUGCUCUGUGGUUCCCCUGUUGUCUAUGGAACUCGAUGGCGCCGGAACAGCUGUGGAUCUUGAAUCCACGCAAGCUGCUGACGCGCCAAAUCGACCCGGUUGCGGCCGGCGCUGUCAGCUCAAAGGAACCGGAGGCUUCCACUUCAAAUGCCGAAGAGGGGCAAUCGUUUUUGGCCAAGAAGGACUGCUGGAUAUGCUACGACAACGAGAAACAGGAACCGUUGAUUCAGCCAUGCAAGUGCACCGGUGACGUUAGCUCGGUGCAUCACGAGUGCCUACGGCGCUGGCUGGUGGAAAGUUGUGCCAAUUCUGACGUAUUGAAGUGCAAAGUAUGCGAGUCGCCCUACGAGAUCGAACGAUCCAAUCGUCUUGACUGGGAGAAAGGCUUCACCAUCCAGCACUGGGCCAAAACGAUCAUAAUUGUAACGCUGAUGUGUAUAACCGGCGCGGGCGCAUGGGUCAUCAUUCAGCUAAACGAGGACUCGUUCGUCCGGGUGUUGGUAGCUGGAUUUGCUAUCAUCAUCGGCUAUAUACUGUUCAAGAUGCUUGGCGAAAACACGGUAACGGCAAUCGAGCGUGCCAAGGUAAGUUCGAUCAAUAUCGUUACCUCGUCUAGUGACUUGAACAAUAGCGGAGUGCACGAAAAGCUCAACACCAUAUGUCAAGAUGUUGAGUGCAAAUAAGUGGAGAACGAGAUAUCUACUCACCAAACAAUAAACAAAAAUAUCUGUGACUGAACCGUAGCCGAAGUAGAGGGUGAAGACGUACAACGGAAUAUUGUGAAUAUGGUUCUCUAGGUUUAGUAAGAAUGUGUUUUAGUCGAUAUGAUGAUAUCGUGUAAGUUUUUUCAGUAGCCUGUGGGAGGUGGAUUCAAGCUACACAUACACAUAUGAAAGAAUAUUUAACGAAAGGCCCCAAAAUACCUGAGAUUCAUUUUACGCAGUGCCGAUAAAUUGUCAUACCCGCUCUUAGAAUUUGCAACUAUAGCUUUUUAUAUAUUUACUUUUACAACAAUGUAUGAUCGGAAGUGAUCGCAGAAAAUCAAAUCUCAUCUAGACAUUAUCGCUCCAUAACUAUCCCAAAUAUCUUGCAUAAAUGAUGCAUUUAUGUGUUCUAUAAACAUACAGGGUAUGAUAGAUGGAAACAAUCGCCUUUAAUCUACUUUAUUUUGUUGAUAUCCAACUUAUGAAAGAUAGUAAGCAUGCAACAUUACUGAAAUUCAAAUCUCAUAACAAUAUAACGGUUGCAUUCAAGAACCUGCGUAGCCAAGAAACGUUAUUUUGAAGAUUUUUUUUGUCAAAUAUUGUUCAAAUCGAACCUUAGGUUAUCUGGAUCUAAUGUGAGAAAUGUUUGACCAAAAAUUCUCCAACACUUAGGUUUGGUGCGCAUUUAUUGUUUGAAAUGAGUUCAUAGCGAAUUAAAGUAUUAUCGUUUGUGAUUGUUUCCAUCUAUGGUCUUAUUGUCUGAUAACCCAUGCCUUAACUAUGAUAUGGCAAAAUCAAUUCCGUUUAUGCGAUCGUUUUCCGAAAAUCAUCGACGAAAUAUUUAAUUUCUCCCAACUUUAUGUCCGUUUAAAAUUGAAUCCCUUUCUUUGUGUUAUAGUUGAUAUUAUUUCUUAUAUUCUAGCUUUAUUGAUUAGCAAACAAAUUGCGAUACUUAUUUUUACGAUACAACACUUAUCAUACGUGUGAGCCGUACUAAUUUCUAAUCUAUGUUUUUAUUAUACGUGUUUGAUGCAAACAAAUGCAAGCAAGUUAGUUAACAGAACAAAACGAGGAACAUAAAUACACACCUCUUAUCAUCAAUCUAAGGUUAGUAAAGGAGUGAUUGGAUCGAUUUCCUUCCGCGCAAUUGUCUUUUGGCUUGCUUGAUCAAAGGUAGAGAGAAAAUGCACCAAAGUGAGAAAUGUCGAGUGAUUUUUUAUCGAAGGCAAAAUUCAUCCUAAAUUAGAAAAAUAACCCCCGAAUCGGCGGAGAUGCAACAAAGCUGGCAUAAGUAGGUCAAUUUACUAUAUCCUCAUAGCGAGAACAAUUACAUAUUGCUACUACUAUAUGCUAAUAUCUAGAGCUUAGGAAGCAAGCAGGUCAAGUAAAACCCGUGUGUGAUCUCAUGGCAUUUUGGAUUGAUGAAGUGGGAACUUUUUGUUGUUAAGGUAGAAACGAGAUUGAUGUUAAGGGACCGGAAGGAAAUCGAUUGUCGAACUACGUAUUUAAGGCUGUAUUUAGGUACAUGUGUGAGUUUUGUCCAAAUCACAUGCAUCGGACUGUUUCCAGUAGAAGGAAGUGUAGCACAAAAGUAGACAUUUUGAAGUUGUUUAGUUGCAAGCCGAGAUUAAAUAAACUGCGCACGUGUGUAAUGGAUUUAGUUGUACUGUGUUGGUUUGCCCAAAUGAACGAAAUGUUCUACUAUUAGUCGCAUAUUAUCUAUGACCUGCUGUAUAUUUUUGAUAAUGUUUUGUAACUGAUUUCGAUUAUGUCCAAAUGAUCUAUUAUCUUCUAUUUUACGUGAUCCGUAUGUGUAUUGAAAGCUAACCCGAGAUUGAAAACAUGGUUAUUAGAUUAAUACGAUCAAAUGAUCGCGCAAAAAAUAAACAUCUAGCAAUUGAGUCGACAUGAAAAAAUCCUAACGAACACAUUAUUCGCUCCUGCGUAGUUUGAUCAUACAAAUGAAAAAAAAAAUCAAUUUAAUCUUAAAAGAGAUUGAACAAUGGAUAAGAUGAAACAAAUAAUCUUGGUUCGAAUUCCAUAUUUAAAAAAGAAAACGUUUUGAAUCAUGUA